AGAAAGUGCACAGUCGAUCGAUCCGAGAUGCAGCAACAUCAGCAGCGUGAAGCCUUUCAUCGAAUUAUGGCCUUGGGCAUCCUGCUGCUGGCCCUAAACCUCAAGGCUGUGGCGGCGAGCAGGCCCUUUUCACUUGCCAACUGGCGCUUUAAUGAUCUGCACUACUCCAGUGCCCAGUAUGCGAAGAUAUUGGCGGAUUCCGGCAUUGGCCACGACCAGGAUCCCACAGGGAAGGGUGCGAGAGCGGGUGAGGGUGGUGUGGGUUCGCUUCAGAUCCAGUAUGUCGACUACCAGCCGCAGUGCGCUUCGGGCGGUGUGCCCGUCUGCGCCACGAAUGGCACGGAUCACUUCUACUUCGAGAACGACUGCCGCUUGGAGGCGCACAACAUGAAGAUGCUGUUCCAGUACGGCACAGAGCUGGAGCCCACGGAGCUGGAGCGAUGCCAGCCCACAUGCAGGAGCAUGAAGUGCACGAAGGUCCAGCGGCCCGUCUGUGCCGUGGCCGAGAUGGGAGCACCCACAACUUUCCCCAACGAGUGCGAGGUGCGACAGCACGAGUGCCAGAGCAGACAAGCAAUGCGUAUCCUGCACGCCGGACCCUGCCCUGCACCCGCAACCAAGGGCAGGCGCAAGAAGAAGUCGCGCCGCAACAAGGGCAAGCGGCCAUCAGCCGCUACCGCAUCCACACCCGCACCCGCACACGCAACAGGCAGCACAGGUCGUCCCAAAGUGUAUGUAAUGCUGUCCGAGCCAUCGUCAAGGACAAGCACCACGACGACCACGACGACGACGGAGACGCCACAGAUGAUGCCGAUCGGCAGCAGCACGGCAUCUCCACUUCGAUUCCGUCAGAUGGUGAGCUCCGGAAAUCAGAUGGUGUCCGUAUCGCGAGCCAUGGAUGCCUACAGUGUCUACAACAUAGACGAUGUGGGACACGACUAUGGCGAGAUCACCGACUCGACGCUCUCAAUGUUUGUGCCCGGCGUGGGCCGUGUGACCGAUGCAUAUCCCACUACCACAACGACGACCACAACACCAAAGACAGGAACUCUAAAGCCCAUGCAAAUUCCAAUAAUCAGCACUACGACAGCUGCCCCAAUGGUCUGGACGAGCAGCAGCAGCAGCAGCAGCAGCAGCAGCAGCACCACCACCUCCACAUCCACAGAGUUGCCAUGGAUGAGUACCGAAAGCAGCAGCCCAGCUGCAACCACAGAGACUGCCGCUAGCCCGGGUGACGACUCAACCACCGAUAUAUCUGCAAUGGAUAGAACAGAGCCACUUUGAGAGCUGAGAAAACUGAUUGACUUUUACAUUUAAUAUUUAUUU